CUCACUAAAGGUCAGAGACUGUAAACUUCCUGAGCGGAUCAGAUGCAGGAGGAGUGACAGGAGUUAAUGUAGGAGGGGUGGGGAAGAUAUCACAGCUGAGACAGAGCACCGGAGCUUGGCUGUUUUCUCAGUGCUUGAUUUCCACAUAUGCCUUGUGACUCUACAUCUGCCGUACUCCCCUCUUGUGGCACCAACCGUCUGUCCGUAUGACUAGGAGUAAGGACGUGCUGCCAUACUUCCCUGUCAAGUUUAACAAGAUGAGCUCGUUACGCAGACCACGGCCACGGUUUAUGAGCUCCCCGACACUUAGUGACUUGCCACGGUUCUAUGCCAACAGACAGACCGUGCAGCCUAGCUCAUCCGCCAUGUGGAACAGUGUGCAGACAGCGGUGAUAAAUGUGUUUAAAGGCGGUGGUCUGCAAGCGAACGAACUGUACUCUCUGAACGAGUUUAUCAGGCAUUUACUGAAAAGUGAACUUGGCUCGUUCAUCACAGAAUAUUUUCAGAAUCAGCUGCUGACAAGGGGUCUGUCCUUCAUGGAAGAGAAAGUGAAGUUGUACGAAGAUGAAAACCGCAUUGCAAUUAUCGCUGAACUUUGGGACCAUUUCUUCACGGAGAUCCUGCCCACCAUACAAGCCAUCUUCUACCCUGUCCAGGGGCAAGAGCUGAGUAUUCGGCAGAUUGCUCUGCUCGGUUUCAGAGACUCCGUCCUCUUGAAGGUAAAUCUGGGCAAGCAGCUGGCUACAGUGAAAACCGAACCACCUGACUCCAUCCUGCAGAUGCUGCUGAUACUCCAGGGUGUACAUGAACCUGUCGGCCCCAGUGAAGGAUAUCUGAAGCUGGAGGAGCUUGUGAAAAUGGUGGUAUCGCCAUAUUUGGGGUCAUUUGUGGACAGAAGCUACAGUAGCAGCAUUGGCAGUGCCUACACACUGGAUUCUCGCAUCUCUCGAUGUCAUGGAAGGUUUGAGUCUGUGCCUUACCCCCACUACAAUGCCCCGUCUCUUGCUGCCGAACGAUCGCUGUCACCUCUCACUGAACAGGAGGGGGAGGCUUACCUAGAGAGGUGUGGCAGUAUCAGGAGGCACACAGUGGCCAAUGCCCACACGGACAUCCAGCUUCUAACUAUGGCUUCCAUGAUUCAUACGGGGCGAGUGGAAGAAUCAGAUAUAGGGGAACAGUGUCUGUUACUGCCAACGGGGUUCAACCAGCGACAGUGCAGCAGUGAACCGAAUAUAGCUGAUACACCUGGGGAUGUGCUGGAUACUGCACUACAGGAAGAUGCAGAACAAAAUGACUCAUCUCCCAGUUGACAAUAAUGACAUAUGGGAACUAUACUAAGAUCAUAGUGCUCACAGUACUUUCCUAUUUGCACUGAAGACUUAUAGCCUUGUGAUAAGGAGUUUAAUAAGGGACUUAUAUUGCAAGAGAAAAUUGUUUCUAUGUUUUUUAAUCAGAGGUACAAUUAGUUUUAUACAAUUUUCAUAGUUAUCUUGUAGAAAUACAGGACAGGGCUGUGUCUGCUGCUUUGGAAUACACUGGCCCAGGGAUUCCACUGGAGCAAAGUUCAAUAUUUUUUUGAUAGAUUUUUUUUGUAAUAAAACACAAUGUUGUAAUCCUAGAAGAUUAGUGGCUGAGGUUCCCAGUGAAUGUGACUGGGUGACACUGGGACAUAGCCUGGAAUUAAUAAAUAUAUUUAUUACAACAUA